CCUUAAAGUCGGUGGAGUUUGUUCACUGGCUUCCCCAAAUCAUGGCUGAUUUUUAAAGAAAUUUCUAUCCGAUUUCUUAGAUAAUUAAGGAGUUGGUUCAUUAACGACUCCAUGAUGGCUAGAACAAAACAAACACCGGUAAAAUCUGCGCAAAAUGAAAGUCCAAUACGAAAAUCUGGACGCGAGAAACGAAAAGCGUCUACACGCGGAAUGGCGGAGUCCAAACAGUCGAAGAAACGAAAACUGCGAUUCAGUUCUCAAAAUGACGAAAAACGUUCAUCCACGAUAAAAAAACCUAAAGCAAAAGGUAAGCCAAAUGACUACCUACCACCAGAGCUUCGCAAAGCUGGCCUUCUUGCACAACAGAGUGUUGCUAAAGGAAAGUGUUUUGGACCAUUUAGAGGGCACUUCAGCAAAGCUGGAAAAAAGACUGAUAACGACUGUUCACUGGUCUGUAAGAUAAAGGGUGUUGAUGAAGUGAGCUAUUUCUUCUUUGUUCAUGAUACUGACAAAGAAAAAUGUAUGUGGCUCCAGGGGAUGCAAAGCGCAUCAAGCAAGAUGACACAGAACAUGGUGGCUUACAAGUCAGCUGUUGGUGUUUGUUAUGAAGCAACUUGUGAUAUCAAUCCUGGUGAAGAGUUACUGGUCUUGUAUGAUGAUACAUAUGGGGGCAAGAAGUAUCCUGCAUACGUUGAAAGUAUACCAGUACAGUUUGUGCCUCAGUCAGGGGAAGGGCAGCUCACUGUAUUACCACUAAAUGAGCAGGAAGUUGAAAAUGCUGAUGAGACCCAAGAGGAUAUAGCUGGUAUAGGUACAAACAACGAUGACGCAGAUGAUGGAACAAGAGAUGAUGAUGAUGAUGACAAUAGUGAUGAUGAUGAAGAGGACUUUGACAAUGAUGUUACAGAUAAAGAUUUUAGUCUAGAGGAUGAUCAAGCUAAGAUGCCGACUCCAAAGAAAAAGCCUAAAGAGGUUACCAAGGUUACUCCAAGUGUAAAUGAAAUAAUAUCGAUGAGUCUUAUGGAUGGCACAGAAACUACUCAUAAAAAGUACCAAUGUGCUUACUGUGCUGAAGAGUUUUCUUCCCAUGAUGCAGCUGUUGAGCACGUGACAUCACAGAAAUGUACAAGCUUGUUGUUCACAUGCGAUUCAGGGUGUGGUCGUACAUUUGAUAGCAACCUCAGCAAAAUUACACACAAGUGUAAUGGAAAAUCAAUAUGUUCUGUUUGUGAUAUGGAGAUGAGCAGCUAUAGAGAGUUGUCACGUCACAUGAAGGAAAAACGAGAUGACGAAGAUCACAAACCAAGGUGUACAAAGUGCGAUAUUAUCUUUGCAACAAGGAAGAAAAAGUAUGCACACAUGCGCAAUGAGCACGCAUCUCCAGACAGCAUGAUGGCUUGUCCCGUGUGUCACAAGCUGUACACCAAGUCGUACCUGAAGGAACAUCUACAAUCCCACGCCCCUGAUGCCUUCAAGUGUACUCUUUGCCAGAAACAGUUCUCAUCAAAGAGUAAUCUACGUAAACACAUUCACAAACACAGUCCUGGCUACACUCCUGUUAAAGAUAAUAGAAGAUACGAACCAAGAAAAAGAAAGCAUGAGUGUAGUGAAUGCCAGAAGAUGUUUGAUAGCCCUCAUUCGUUAGAGAUCCACAUGCGUUCACACACCGGAGAGCGUCCGUACCAAUGUGAAUUAUGUCAUUGGAAGUUCUCCCAGAAACCUCACCUCAAACGACACAUGAAAACCGUCCAUUGCAGCGACGAUGAAGAGAAAAGCGAAAGAUCUCUUCCACCUGCUGAGAAGCCCAAGACUUGUGAACUGUGUAACAAAGUGUAUUCGAACUCGCGCGUGCUUCGAGUUCACAUACAGUCCGUACAUGAAAAGGAAAGACCACAUAAAUGUUCGUACUGCGAGGCUACAUUCACUCAAAGAGGUCAUCUAUGGCGUCACAAACACACUACUCACCCAGAAUGUGACGAGGUCCAGAAGAAACUCCAAGUACGAAGAUAUGUGUGCACUGUAAAGGAAUGCGAGGCUUCUUUUUGUUGCCAGGCAGAACUGACAAGCCACUUAUCUACUGUACAUCAAAUGAAGUGGCCAUUCCAUUGUGAUGAAUGUAGUGCAACCUUCGCCAAUAGAAGCAACUUGAAUAAGCAUCGUCGUCGACGCCACAAAUGCACGCCUGAUGGAGUUGAGAAGCCGUUCAUUUGUGAUACCUGCGAAAACGAGUUUGAAUCGCAUUACAAACUAACACAACAUAUCCGAACUCAUACUGGAGAGAAGGAGUUCAAAUGCGAACUUUGCGGACAGGGAUUCGUACAGAAAUCAGGUCUCAAUAAACAUAUCAGGUGCAGGAGAUGUCCAAAGAUCGAAGGCAGUCCAGUCAGACAGAUAUCGUCUAAAAAGUACCAAUGCGAGAUUUGUGAGCGCGUAUUCCCAGGACCUUCUGACCUGAAGUCCCACGCCAGGACACAUACCGGUGAGAAGCCAUUUGAGUGUCCUGAAUGUCACAAGAGGUUCAGCCAAACAGGAAACUUGACCAAGCACAUCAAGUACGUUCACAAUAAAGUCAAAAGACCAAAAGACAAGCCUCGACAGAAGAAUUUUUUCUGUAGUUUGUGUGGCAAAGCCUUCGCCUGCCCGAGCAGUCUUGCAAUGCACUGCAGAACUCAUUCAGGCACCAAACCAUUCAAAUGUGAUACAUGCCAAACAGCAUUUUCUCAACUUGGAAACUUAAAGAAACAUUUGAAGAGGUGGCACGAUCCAGUCAGCGGUACAGUUCCGAAACGCAAGCGCGUGAGUAAGAAAAAAGCCAAGGGGCAAAAAGAUGAGGCGACGGUUGAAAAUGAAGUGGGUGAACUAAGCGAGGCAAGGAAUGAAAACGAGGCUAUGAUGUCAAAAGAAGCUAGUCAACCAAAUGAAAGCAAUGAGAACAGUGUGAAUCAUGAAAGCGAGGUAGAGGAAGGUGACAACAAUAGCAACAGUCAGAAUGAUGCAGAAGUGAUGAGAAGAGAAGAGACUGCGAUUGCAUCUAUCCUUACUUCUAUCACCUCUGAUCAAAGCUUCGCCAAUAACAGAGGGUUUACCCCAUUGAAUACACCCACCCCAGGGUUCUAUAUUUCUCCUCUCAACUCAGCCAUCUCCAAUAUAGGUCCCUCAUUCACCAGAGCCUCAAUCAUCAUGACAUCCAUGUCCCCUGUUAACUCCACUGUAACGGUCCCUGCUGUAAUGUCCCAAAUGCAACAGAAUAUGGAGCCACAUACUCAGCUGGCCCCUGUUUUUGUACCAUCUCCAAUAGGUUCCUUCAUGACAGUUGUCCCACCCACUGCCAUGCCUCAAAUUACAACAUCCAGUGCGUUGGCACCAAUAACAUCAGUCACCACUAGUAGUAUCUCCAGCUCCUCAACAAUAUUGCCCCAUAUGCACACUAUUUUAACCUCUCAAAUAGACCCCCAGCAUUAUGUCCCUCACACGACAAUGAACCAAGUUCAAACUACUGACAUACCUAUGUACCCAUUCUCACCAUCCUCUUUAUUCCAGCAUUAAUCCCUGUCUUUUGACCCAUCCCUAUCCCCCUAGUAGCAAAAGGGUGGCUCUUGAUCACAAGAGGCCUACAAAGAAUUCAUGAUAUUGUAUGAUGUAUAUUUAGUUUAGGAGUGUUGUAUGACAUGUUGUAGUAUCAAGAAUGCAUAUGUAUCAUCAUUAGCCAUUAUAACCGAUUUAUAUUCAAUUAAAAUGGUGUUUAUAUUAA